AUGGAGCUCAACUCAGGGCAGGCCCCCUUCCCAGCAGCCACGCCGCUAGAGCCACGCAUGCCCACUGCACCGGCAUCCACGCCUACCGGCCACGCCACCACAUUCACAUACCCCCACCACACCAGGCUAUCCACACCCACCACCACCUGCCCCAUCCACACCACACAACACGCUGCCCCGUCCACACCCACACAACACGCUGCCCCGUCCACACCCACCACCUGCCCCGUCCACACCCACCACCACCUGCCCCGUCCACACCCACCACCACCUGCCCCGUCCACACCCACCACCACCUGCCCCGUCCACACCCACCACCUGCCCCGUCCACACCCACCAACUGCUCUGUCCACACCCACCACCUGCCCCGUCCACACCCACACAACACGCUGCCCCGUCCACACCCACCACCUGCCCCGUCCACACCCACACAACACGCUGCCCCGUCCACACCCACACAACACGCUGCCCCGUCCACACCCACCACCACCUGCCCCGUCCACACCCACCACCACCUGCCCCGUCCACACCCACACAACACACUGCCCCGUCCACACCCACCACCACCUGCCCCAUCCACACCCACCACCUGCCCCGUCCACACCCACCACCUGCCCCGUCUACACCCACCACCUGCCCCGUUCACACCCACACAACACGCUGCCCCGUCCACACCCACCACCACCUGCCCCGUCCACACCCACCACCACCUGCCCCGUCCACACCCACACAACACGCUGCCCCGUCCACACCCACCACCACCUGCCCCGUCCACACCCACCACCUGCCCCGUCCACACCCACCCACCACCUGCCCCGUCCACACCCACACAACACGCUGCCCCGUCCACACCCACCACCUGCCCCGUCCACACCCACCACCUGCCCCAUCCAUACCCACCACCUGCCCC